CAGUUUCGAGGAAGAAGUUCGUCUGCCAGUUGUGGUGCGAAUACCUGCUCUGGUGACUACUUAGCUUGGUGGGGUGAAUCUUGCCCUACUUAUUUUGAGUUUAGGCCAGGAAAGACAUGAACAUCCGAUAUGGUGUAGUGGCCAACAUGAUGCCCUCUCAUCUCAGUGAGAGGUUAGGCAUAGCCCCGAGUUCGAUUCUCGGUUUCGGAAUUCUUUUGCCAUUUUCACGUACUAUGUUGUUGUUGAGCGUGAUCUUGACUUAUUUUUCAUCUUCAUGUUGUCAACUUGACAUUAUUUUGCUAUUAUUCGCCCGAAUGAGCGUUUUUUUUUUUGUCGGUGCUGCACUGCCAUUGUGCGAUGCCCUCGCAUUGUCCUACAACGCUGGGUACGUGCGCUCUUGACAGAUAGACAUCUUUGAUGACAUACAACAACAAGAUGCAAUUUACGCACAGCUCUCUGCUAGCACUUACUUGUCAAAGUUAAGCAGCCGCCCGUCAGUGGUUACCUUUCCUAGCAGCGCCGUCACAGAGUUA